GGGAAAGUCUCACCAUGGGUGACUUCGAUCCUUCUUUCAUACAUGCUCUAGCUGUGCAAUCAUGGAGUUUAUACAGUGUUGGCAUAUUUCUCAUUUUGUUGAGAUUGUAUGCAAGAAUACAUAGACUCGGUGUUCAGAAUCUCCAGCCUGACGAUUGGCUCAUGGCGUUGGCGGGAGGUCUCUACACAGCACUUGUAGUAUGCCUCAACGUCAUCGCCGGCGGAGGUGGCAGCAACCUCUACCCCCCCGAAGAUUUCGAUACCUUCACUCCGCUCGAGAUCCAAGAACGCAUCAACGGUUCCAAAAUCGUCAUCGUAUCUGAACAAGCAAUGCUCAACGUUAUCUACGUAAUAAAAUGCUGCAUGCUACUCAUGUACACGCGCCUAACCCUCGGCACCCAAAUACAAAAGAUGGUCAUUUACCUCGCAAUAUACGUCUUCAUCGGCUGGGCCGCCACCGAAAUUGCCUUCUUCACUGCUUGCCGCCCUUUCUACGGUUACUGGGCUAUGCCACCGCCAGAUCCACAAUGCACCACACUGCAACACUACGCAAUCGUGCAAGCAUGCUUCAACAUCAGCUCCGACACGCUUAUGCUGACCAUCCCCAUCCCGCUCGUAACGCGGCUGAACAUGCCAUGGAAGCAAAAGGGCAUCCUGCUAGUCAUCUUUUCGAUGGGAUUAUUCGUCAUCCUCGCCGCUAUCCUAACAAAGGUCUUUAAUCUUAGCAAUAUCUGGGACCCGAGCUACAUGCUCUGGUACACCCGUGAAGCGUCUGUGGCGGUUUACGUCUCUAACCUCCCUAUGAUCUGGCCGCUCCUCCGCGAGUGGUUCCCUGCUCUCCGCACCAUGACACCUGGGCAGAAGUCCUCCCUCAACACAAAGGAGCGUAUAGUUACGGGGCUCGGUGGCAGACCCCGCACAACCACGAUUGCGGGACGACAUCUCAGUGGUGGGUUCGGCGGCAAGAGGCUGAGCGAUCAUGGGAUCACCACAACGAUUAAGGGGAAGGGGGAGAGUACGGAGGAGCUCAGCAGUGGGGAUGAUACUGAGAUGGGCGCGAUUUCGAGAGGGGAUAGUUGGGAGGAGAGGCCGGUUACGGCGCAUGGGAAUCAGGAUGUCGAACUCAGGGGGUGGGAAAGUGCUAAGGGGGAUAAGGGCAUCCAUAUGACGACUACGGUGCAAGUCUCUGAGGAACAUGUUGCGGAGCCGGGACUGGCACAUGCUGUGGGAGUUUCGAGCCCGAGGGAUGUGGAGAAGGGGUUUGAGUGGGGGUUUGCUCAUAGCAGGAAGUGAUUUGAAAGGUGGUUGAAGGGUUUCAGUGGUCUCAAUUAGUUAGUACCUGGGUUUGUCGGAGUCUUGGAUUCGGGUUUCUGGUGUAUAAAUGGGCAGGGAACUUCUAUUCCUGUAUCUAUUAGAAAAUGU